AUGGCUUCGGCGCUGGGUCCGGCGGCGCGGCAGGCGGAGGACGCGGUCAUGGCGAGGCUCCGGGCCUGCGCCACCUUCCGCGACCUCCUCCGCGUCCACGCCCGCGUCGUGCUGCUCUCGCUCUCCCAGAGCAGCUACCUCGCCACCCACAUCGUCCACCUCUGCAACGCCCACGCCCGCGCCGCCCACGCCGCGCGGGUCUUCGCCCACGUGCGCCACCCCAACCUGCACCUGCACAACGCCAUGAUCAAGCUCUACGCCCAGAACCACCUGCACCGCGACGCCGUCACGGUCUACAUUCGCAUGCUCAGGUGCCGCCCGUUUCCUAACGGUGGCUUCGCCGGCGACCGGUUCACGUACCCGUUCCUGCUCAAGGCCUGCGGCGGGCUGAUGGCGCUCGAGCUGGGCAGGCAGGUGCACGCGCACGUGGUCAGGUCCGGGUGCGACGCCAACGCCAUCGUCCAGAACUCCAUGAUCGAGAUGUACACGCGCGCCGGCGACCUCUCUCUCGCGCGUAAGGUGUUCGACGGAAUGCAGGACAGGGACGCGGUUUCUUGGAACACGGUCAUAUCGGCGCACGCGAGGCUGGGCCAGAUGAGGAAGGCGAGGGCGCUGUUCAACUCCAUGCCCGAGAAGACCAUCGUCUCCUGGACCGCGCUGGUGUCCGGGUACACUGCCGCCGGUGACUUCUCGGGCGCCGUCGAGGCGUUCCGGUUGAUGCAGAUGGAAGGGUUUGAGCCGGAUGACGUGAGCAUCGUCGCGGUGCUGCCGGCGUGCGCCCAGCUUGGGUCCCUGGAGCUAGGCAGAUGGAUAUACGCAUACUGCAACAGGCACAAAAUGCUGCACAAGACGUACGUAUGCAAUGCACUGAUGGAGAUGUACGCAAAGUGCGGGUGCAUCGACCAAGCGCUGCAGCUGUUCGAUGGCAUGGCUGAGAAGGACGUCAUCUCGUGGAGCACGAUGAUCGGCGGCCUUGCGGCGCACGGUAAAGCAAAGGAGGCGGUCCGGUUGUUCGUGGAGAUGGACAGGGAGGGGAAAGUGAAGCCCAAUGGCAUCACGUUUGUCGGGCUCUUGUCAGCUUGCUCCCAUGCCGGGCUCCUGGACCAAGGGCUGGACUAUUUCGACCGCAUGAAGGACAUGUAUGGCAUUGAACCCGGAGUUGAGCACUAUGGCUGCGUCGUCGACCUGCUCGGCCGGUCAGGGAAAAUCGGACGUGCGCUAAACCUCAUACAUGGCAUGCCAGUACCAGCUGAUGCGAAGAUAUGGGGAUCAAUGCUCAGCGCAUGCCGAAGCCACGGCGACGUCGACACGGCCGUGCUGGCUGCCGAGCGGCUGGUCGAGCUGGAGCCGGACGACGUUGGCAACCUCGUCAUGCUGGCCAAUGUGUACGCUGCAGCAAGACGGUGGGGCGAUGUCGCCAGCACCAGGAAGGCCAUACGUAGCAGGAGCAUGAAGAAGACGCCGGGUUGCAGCCUGAUCGAGGUGGACAACGUGGUGCAGGAGUUUGUCGCUGGAGAGGACCUGAAACCUGAGUUCGGAAUCCUUUUUGGUGUUCUGGACAUCCUGGCCUCGCAGCUUGCAGAUGAGGAUGUGGAUUUCAGCGAUUCAGACUGUGUAGUUGAUGCGCAAAUGUCUGGACACUGAAUGGUUAACAUCAUGAUGUGUUGGUGUGAUUAAUUAGAGAAAGGAAGCAAGUUAAUUAAGAUGAGCAGUUUUGCAGUAUAUGUGAACCCUUACAGCUGCAUUUGAAGUGUUCUGAAGUCAGACACUCAGAGUCUAAUCAACGCUGCCACCAUCAUAGGAGCCUAUUGGGGCAUGAUCUUGUUUUAUUGGUUUGACACCACCAUAUCCACAUGUACAAACAUAGCUUUCUAUUGGGGUCAUUUUCUUUGCAUCAAAAUAAG